AUGAAAUCACACUUUUUAAGUAGUACAACUGGGCAAAAGAUAAACCCGAAUAACUGCAAAAAUGACUUUGAUUUCUAUCUCAAGCAUUAUUGCUGGUAUCAAAAUGAGAAAGGAGAUGUAUACACUUGGGGUUCAGGAGAAAUGGGACAACUUGGCUAUAAUGGGAAAGUUAUUUCUAUGAUGCCUAAAGAUCGUGAGGGUUAUCCAUUCUAGGUUGCUGGUGGAGAUGGUCACACUGUAGCUGUAGAUAUCAAAGGAAAUGUCUACUCUUGGGGAGCAAGUGCCUGUGGGUAAUUGGGUCUUGCAUCAAUGAAAGAUUUACCGACAGAUGUAGAAGGGUAUCCAUAUUAACCUACACCUAGAAUCGUGGAACUCCUUUAGAAUGUUAAGGUUAUUCAGAUUGCUUGCGGUGAUGCCCAUACAGUUGCACUCUCUUAAGAAGGUAAACUUUAUUCUUGGGGAGGAGGUGGUUGUGGGUAGCUUGGCCACCCUGAUACUUCAGCUAUGCCAAAAGAUGAAGAUGGAUGUCCUUAUCAGCCCAAGCCUAAGUUAAUAGUCGUCCUCAAGGCUCUUGAAGUUAGAUAAGUUGCCUGUGGUAAAGCUCAUACUGUGGCAGUCUUAGCCAAUGGCCAUUUAUACUCCUGGGGUGCAGGGGCUUGUGGUUAACUUGGUCAUCCAGAUACCUCGAGUUUUCCUGCUGAUGAAGAUGGUUACCCUUAUCAACCUAUUCCAAGAUGCGCUCUUAAACAAUACAAACUAAUUCAUGCUUCAUGUGGCGAUGUUCAUACAAUGGUGCUGACAGAUUAAGGUGAGAUCUACUGCUUUGGUGGUGGCUCUUGCGGUUAACUUGGAUUUGGAAAUAUUGCUUAAAUGCCGCUUGAUGUAGAUUCUUGCCCAUUUAUGCCAGUUCCGAAAAAGGCAAUCUCACUGUCAUGUGGAGAUUCACAUUCAAUGGCGUUAUCAAGAGAAGGUCAUGUCUAUGCCUGGGGUGAGGCAACUUAUGGGCAAUUAGGUCUAGAUGACAUUCGAGACUUGCCUAAGAACUCAGAUAACAAGCCUUAUCAGCCAUUCCCUUAGAAAGUAUUAUCUCUAUUAAACAAGAAAAUUGUCGCAAUUUCUUGUGGCGAAACUCAUACACUCGCUUUGACUGAAGGUGGACAUUUAUAUUCCUUCGGAGGCAACACCUGUGGGUAGUUAGGUCAGUAUGUGAAAGAGCAAGAAAAAGGUAGACGCAAGAGAAGCUUUGAGGACAUAGUAUUCCCUAAGAACUCAAUAGACAGUAAUCCAUAUUCCUUCAUGAGUAACAGUAAUGACUCACCACCUGAUACUCCAGCAAAUGAGCGUAAAAACAUGGGAUUCGAUACUUCUCAGUAGAUGACUCUGCAAAGCAUGGAUGACUGCAACCCUCUGAACUCUCCUCCUUCGUUGUUCACACCUCAACCCUAGGACUAUGGAAUCGAUUCACAGUGCAUGCAGCCUAGACUUAUCAAAUCACUCAUGCACAGGAAAAUAAUCAAGAUCUCCAGCGGAGGAGUGCAUAACAUUUGCAUCGUAGACCCAUAUCCCUCCAGUAUAAUGUAAGAUGUCUAUCAAAGCUUCAUGCAGUCUAAAUAUACCGAUGUUAUAUUCAAAGGUUUCUACACUACCUUCGAAAAUAAUAACAUGAGUUCAUCGAUGAGCUCAAACCAUCCAUCUUCUAGUGGAAUAAAUUAACAAGAGCACUAGAAUCAUUCCAAUUAGCACAACUAUGGCUAGAAUAUUGAAGGUAGCAGUGAUGAAGACAUGAAAGACGAUUAUGACAUUGAAAACAACGAUGUCCUCAAUUCUUAAAACCCCUAAAUAGUUAAUGAUCAAUAUUGGCGAGAGAAAGAGAAAACCAUUGUCAGCACCAGAAUCAAUGCACAUCAGUGCGUCAUAUCUCACAAGUCACCCUACUUCUAUCAGUUCUUCCUCGACAAGCAGUCUUAGAAGCCGCCCAAUGGUCAAGAUGAAAGCAAAUUGAUAGUCGAUUUCAAUGGAUAGGUGCAGUACGAAGCAUUCAGAAAGAUAGUAGAUUAUAUCUAUUUGGAUGAUUUGAAUGUACUAGAUGCUGUAGCUGACUCUACCGAAAUGAUAGAGAUCAUCAAACUUGCAAAACAGUACAAUCUAGAAGCACUUUUUAAGGCCUGUGAGGUUCAUUUCAAGGAAUUAAUGGUCUAGUCAUUCGAUUGCACCAACCUCAUAGCACUCAAGUUCAGUGGAAAUACUAACCAGACUCAGCAACAGAAAACAGUCAGAAAAAUAAACAAGCAAGAUGAGCCUAGAGAUGUCAGAAGCAGUGGCAGAGCUGUACAGUAAGUAUCAUAGAGUAAUACAAUAACCACCAACAAAAAGAAUAAGAAACUGCAGUAAAAACUUAACAAUAUGCUCCAAGGUCUAAUGUUUCUCCCAGAUGGAAGAGUCCUGAUUAUGGAUAGUGAUCUAUAUAAGUAGACUAUAGAAAGAUCAAUAGUUUUGGAUUUAUUUGAUGGGACAUCUUUGAAUCCACAGAGCACUUCUUCACAAACCUCUACAAGUAGUGUUAUGGUACCUUCUUUUGAGGAAGAAAAAUCUUAGCUGCCUAGAAUAGCUAAGGAUAACCACUAAAUCUAACAAUAAAGCAAAUCAAAAUAGAACCAAGCCAAUUAAAGAAAGAAGGGAAACUCAAGUGCUAAUGAUCCAUAUACUAAUGAGAGUCUUCCAGGCUAAAAUAACAAUGGUGCUCAUACUAGUUUACUUCAAUCAGAUUCAAUAUUUGAAGAGAACAUUGAAGGCAAGAAGGAUUUCUUAUCUAUGCUCAAUAGCCCUGAUUUCAGCGAUAUUACUUUGAUUGUUGACGGUCAUCCCAUUUAUUCUCAUUAGGUAGUACUAGCCUCAAGAUCAAUAUAUUUCGAGGCUCUAUUUUCUCAUGAUUUCAAGGAAAAAGAGUAAAAAGUAGUCAAUUUCACUGAUGUUCCUUAUGAUACAUUUAUGAUGCUUUUGAAGCACAUUUAUUCAGACUCACUUAAAAUUGAGACUAAGCAUAUUUACGAUCUUUUGUCUCUGGCUGAUAGAUUUAACGUUGUCUCUUUCAAGAAAAAGUGUGAGCACAUUCUCGCAUAAUGCAUCAAUGUUGAAAAUGUCUGUUAAAUCUUUAAGUAUGCUAAUACUUUCAAUUGCGAAAGAUUAAAGGAGAGCUGUCUGCUCUUUACUGAGGAAAAUCAUAAUGAAGUCAUUUCAAGCCCUGGCUUCGAGGAUUUAGACAAGGAUGAGAUAUUAAAGAUCAUAAGGGUUGGUAAAGAGUCAAAGAGGAGAUUCAAGGGUAGACACUGA